AUGUUUAUUUCAUACAAUCUAGCGCUUCACAGGAAAUUGAUAAGAGAUGUCGUGGAAGUAUAUCGACUCUGCAAUGAUCAAGUUCCACCGGACAGUCGAUUUUCCCGAAACAUACUGAAACAUUUGAGGAUAGUCAAGAAGCGAGCCACAAUCAUUUGGCUAGGAUUGAUAAUAAAUGCCUAUAUUUAUCUGGUUCUACCAUUUUUUCGGCCAGGGAAGCAGUUUGCGGAAAACAGACUUAUUAUUUUUGGACUGGAUCCUAUGACCGUGUCCCCAAAUUACGAAAUAUCACAGUCAAUGAUUUGCAUGGCUAUACCAACGCUAUCACACAGCCUUGCUAACUGCAUGGUAUUAGUAAUCAUUUUGUAUGGUUACACAGAAGCCCAGCUUCUAUCUCUGAGUGAGGAACUCCUCUGUAUGUGGGAUGACGCAGAAGUAAGUUACCAAGAAACUGUCCACGAAGAAACCAUGACAAAAGUGCAAUUCAUAAACACCUUUGUGCAGCAGAGAUUAAGGUUCAUAAUCAAACUUCACGUUGACAAUAUGACGAUGCUGAAACGACUCGAGAAUGUCCUUCGAGUCAGCAUGGCUCUGGAAUUCCUUGUUCUCAUGGCUGGGUUAAUAGCCGAACUUCUUGGAGGUAUCGAAAAUACGUUUCUGCAGAUACCGUUUACAUUCGCGCAAAUCUUCAUGAACUGUUACUUGGGACAGAAGAUAAUAAAUGCAAGCAAUAGUUUUGAGACAGCUGUAUACAAUUGCAGAUGGGAGAAUUUCAAUAAAUCUAAUAUGAAAACCGUUCUAAUAAUGUUACAGAACUCACAGAAGACGUUGCAACUUUCUGCAGGUGGAGUCGCUAUAUUGGGAUUCGAGUGUUUGAUGACAGUGAUAAAAUCCUGCUACUCCUUCUAUACAACUCUGCAGUCUACACUUAAAUAA